AUGACCACCCGAGACAACUACGAGCACGUCAGGGUUAUCAAGGAGACCCUCUGCUUCUGCUCCCUCGACCCAGCCUCUGAUCAGCAAAGGACAGACUUGGAAAGGACCUACCGCCUCCCCGACGGCCUUACUCUCAGAGACGGCGAAACCACGGAAAUAGUUUUGGGCCCCGAGCGCUUCUACCCUGCUGAGGCUCUCUUCAACCCGCAGCUCUGCGGCCGCGACAAUCCCUCGCUGACGGACUUGUUGUGGUCUUCCGUCAAAGCCUGCCCGAUAGAAAGCCGCAAGAGCCUUGUGGCAAAUGUCAUUCUGUGUGGCGGCUCUACUAUGUUCCCCGGAUUCCCAGAGCGACUCGAACUCGAACUCCAAAACACUUCGCCCCCCCAGGCCCGCGGCUUCGUCAAAGUCGACGCGCCCCCCCAGCGCCAGUUCCUCGUCUGGCUCGGCGCCAAGUGCUUCUGCGACGCGGCCCUCAGGCCUCUCCAAGACCACCUCUGGAUAACGAAGGCAGAGUGGGAAGAAGCGGGCCCCAGAAUCGUAGCUCAAAAGGCAGCAAUAAAAGGCAGCUGA